GUUACAUUUGGUGAGGAGUUGGUGAAGAGAUGUAAUACAAUACCAAUGCCUUUCAUAAGAAAAAUAAAUACCAGUCAAAGGAGCUUUAGAGUUUUUCGUAAGAAAGGCCUAGUUGCUGGAUGUGUGGCUUUUCUUGUUGGUGGUGGUUAUCUUGCUCGUGAAGCUUAUCAAACUGGUGGAAACUUGAGAUUACUGUUUGGCUCAGUUCACCCACAGUCUACAGCUACUAAAGUGGGUACAGAUGCUACAACAAACUAUAUAUAUCUUCCAGAUGCCACAACAGGACCUGUUAAAGAUGAUGACAACUCCAGUCUGAAGUGGCUACCAUGGAGAAAGUCUGACAAACGCUUACACUGGCGGUUACUGAAGCUAGCUCAGUCUAAAGACAAGCAAGUGAGACAUGUUGCUAUCAGAGCUCUUGUGGAACUACCUGGAUUACAAGAUGCUGACUACCAGGAAAUAGCUCAGGCCUGUGAUCUACAGACAGCAGUUGGUCUAGCCAGAACAAGAGGAGUGGAUCUACGAUUUUUUCUACCACCACCUCCACUACCUUCCGAGUUUACUAAAAACACUGUGGAAUCAGACUUGAGAGUUUUACUUGCUUCUUUGCCACAGAGUGGUGUUGGUCUUUGUCUUCAGUACUUUACUCAGAAUGCUGUGAAACCCAAAUACUAUCAGAUGGAUUUGGAUAGUGGAGGUGAGUGGUGUUUUGGUGGAGAAGGAUUGGCUGAAGAAGUUCACCAGGCAGGUCAACACACACGAAGAGUUCCAGCAGAGACUGUGGAACGUUUCUGUCUUCAGGCACUUGUGAGCCAUUCAACAGUUCCUAGUCACAGAGCAGCCAUUGUUCAGAAAGGAGGUUUACAAUUGCUCCAUCGUAUUCGUCUCAGAAGAGCACAGAAUCCUGAAAUACAGAGCUUGAUAGGUCAAAUUCUUGGGAAUCUCUCUUUAGAAAAGGAAAUACAUAGACAUCUGUUAGUUUCAGGCUGGAUUGGUGUAUUGGCCUCAUGGAUUAAAUCUCCUAGAAUUGAAGUUUCACUUCCAGCAAGCAGAACAUUAGCAAAUAUGGAUAAAGACAAGAUUCUUGAUGUUUUGUAUGAGGACCAAGUUUACCUUUUGUUCCCACAAUUGAGAGAAAAAAAUAAACAGAUUCAUGCUGAUAUUAUCUUUGUUCAUGGUCUCCUUGGUGGAGCAUUUAAGACAUGGCGACAGAAUGACAGCAAAAAACUUACGUCUAAGGAGAAUCAAUCAAAGAAAAAUUCUGUAAAGUCUUCUUCAGAUGAUACUAAUGCAUGGCGACACAAACAUGUUUUUCAUGCCAAUUUUGGACUCGUUGAUGAUGCAAUGAAUUUUAUUGACUACACUCAGUGCUGGCCAAAGGACUGGUUGGCCAGAGAAUUUCCUCAUUCAAGAAUCUUGGCAGUUGACUAUGUUUCCCAUCUGAGUGACUGGCAAGCAAAAUGUCCCUUAGAAAAGGAAAAACGUUCACUGUUAGUGAGAAGUGAAGAGAUUCUGAGAAACAUGACGCUUGCUGGAGUAGGAGAGAGGCCAUUAGUAUGGGUUUGUCAUUCAAUGGGUGGGUUGCUGGUUAAACAAAUGUUACUUAUGGCUGCAAAGAGUGAAGAUCCCAGUCUGAAAAGCAUCUUCAAAAAUACAGUUGGUGUUGUAUUCUACAGCGUUCCACACAAAGGAUCAGAUAUAGCUAGUCUCAAACCCAGUGUUCAGUUCUUAUUUUUGCCAUCUGUUGAAGUGCAAGAACUAAAGAAAAACAGUCCUCAGCUCUUAAAACUCCAUGAAGAUUUCACAAAGCUUGCAGAAGAGAAAGAAAUUGCUUGUCUGAGUUUUGGGGAAACUAAAAAGACUAGGUUGGGAUUACGUUGGAGCAAAGUUUUGGUACCAUUAGAGGGAGCAGAUCCAGGUUUUGGACAAUUCUUCACAGUGGAUGCCAGCCACUUGGACACCUGUAAGCCUGAAAGUCGGGAUUCACCAACCUAUUCCUUGCUGGUAGAGUUUCUUCACAGUCAUUUGCCUCACACAUUGUUGGAACAACUAUUUGUAGAACCUGUUCCCUCUCCAAAAGAAUUAGAAACAAUGGUGAUUAUGGGAUUAGUCCAGUAAUGCUUUCCAUAAACAGCCUGUGGUUCAAUUAUAAAAUAGUAGGUGUACUGCCUCAAGCAAAAUAAAUUUCAGACUCCCUUUAUUCAAUAAAUUUACAAUGUCAUAUUUGGAUAUUUCAAUUGGUAAAAGUAAAAAAAAAAUUUCUCUCUAUGUUAUUCUUGUGUUUUGGUUGUUCUGUAUAGUAUUUACAGCUUGUGUCUUUAGAGGAUUCACAGUUAUUAUGAAAGGUAGUAAAGAUGAUCAUAUGAAUUUUUAAUUAUUUGUAAUAAAUAUGUUGCCCGUUAUGUAAAUGGAACUAAAUAAACUGUCAUUUCUGGAUAACAUUUUGGCUAGUUAUACCUUCUAUAUGCAACAAAAAGAUAUUAAGGUUCAUGAAAAUGAAAAUAAGUUAACUAGAAAUGGGAUAUUUGUAAAUAAUUGUAGAUCAUUUUAGAGUUGUAUGUAAAAAUAGCUGAUAAAAACUUUAAGCCAGUGUAUUUAUGAUCUACUUUUAAUAUGCAUUUGAACACACUGUAUUCACAGUAAAUCAAUCACUGUUACAGUAAUGCUGUAGUAACAUUAUUAAACAUUUCUUAAUGAUGGAAGUUUUUCAAAAUAUUGUAACCAACUCGGGGGUUUUUAAAACGUAUAGUGAGGGAAUAAAAAAAAAGUUGAACUAAGCUUUGUAACAGAAUCAUAAUUUCUUUAUAAAAAUUUAUUAGUUUAAAAGAAACAGACAAUAGAGGUAAUUUUUUAGUUUUCUUAAGCAUUAAAAUGCUAGACAAAUUCAGGUGCUUGAUUUGUUCUAAUGCCAAGAACAGGUUAAACUCAUAAUGUAACUAUGCUUCAAUAAAAUAAAGACAAAAUAAUAUGGUACUUUAUUACAAUUUAUUCCGAAUCAAAUGACCGAGAGGAUUCAUUUAGUUUAUCAUCAUUAUAAUUUUACUAUUUACAGAGCUGAUGAUUGAAGCAUAACCUCUAAAAAUUAGAUCUUUAAAGAAAAUUACAAAUUAAGUCUGAAAAACAUGUAUAAUUGUUUUCAUAAGUGCAUGACAUGAAUUGUUACAUAUUCCCUAGAACUGAGAAUUACAGGUUAUUUGCAACUCAAACUGGAAAUCAAUUUGUGUGAAGUGUCAAACUGAAUUUUAUUAGGUUUAGCUUGGAUUGUCCUACUAAAAAUUCCAUAUUAUCCUCUUCAUUUUAAUACCAUACACUGCAGUAGUGGCAGAUGAAUAUGAUAAAAAGUUGCCAUGUUUGCUAAACGUUUUCUAAAUUGUUUGGUGUUUUUAUUAAAUGUAAUUAAUGCUAAAUAUAUGACCAUUCUAUUUUCUGAAAGCUUUAGAGCAUAGAUUAUAAAAAAACAGAUGAAAAUUAGAUUUGAAAAUUAGUUACCUAGAAUUCUGUGAUUUAGUGCAUAUAUUUCAAAGUUUGAGUUAGUCAGUGUAGUUUCUAUCAAAUUAUGUGCUCAAAUGUAAUUGUCUUGUCUUUAUAGCCUGUGUUCAGUGACCUUAAGCUUAUAAUCAUCAAACAACAUCAGUGCUGUAUGUGUUGUCAAAAGUGUUUGUAAUAGUUAAUAUUGAUACUUUAUAGUGAUUUGUAUUGAUACUUCUUGAUGCAUUACAUCUUUCAGUAAAGUAUAAGUAUGAA